GCCGCGGGCCUGCCCUCAGGCCCCCGCGGGCUCCGCGCCGCCGCCCGGAGGCUCGCGCCCUCCCAUCGCUCCGGGACCCGCCCGCCGCGUCCCCUGGGCAACAGUCUCCAGGGAGACCGGGCUCCGCCCCCGGCACCGACACCCGACAGAUAAGGAGCUCAGAGUCAGGCAAGAGUGCAUUGAUGCUCACUGAUUUCAAAGCAUCUUUAACCUGCCAGACAGAGGGACCUUUGCUGCUGGUUUUUUGGACCAUUCCAGAAAGGACGACUGGUAUCUGAGAAGUGAAAAAGCAGGAUGCCCCCCGGGGUUGACUGCCCCAUGGAAUUCUGGACCAAGGAGGAGAAUCAGAACGUGGCAGUUGAUUUCUUGCUGCCCACAGGGGUCUAUCUGAACUUCCCUGUGUCCCGAAAUGCCAACCUCAGCACUAUCAAGAAGGUGUUAUGGCACCGCGCCCAGUACGAGCCGCUCUUCCACAUGCUCAGUGACCCUGAGGCCUACGUAUUCACCUGCGUCAACCAGACGGCGGAGCAGCAGGAGCUGGAGGACGAGCAGCGGCGGCUCUGCGACAUCCAGCCCUUCCUGCCCGUCCUGAGGCUGGUGGCCCGCGAGGGUGACCGCGUGAAGAAGCUCAUCAACUCGCAGAUCAGCCUGCUCAUCGGCAAAGGCCUCCACGAGUUUGACUCUUUGCAAGACCCGGAGGUGAAUGACUUCCGAGGCAAGAUGCGCCAGUUCUGCGAGGAGGCGGCUGCCCGCAGGCAGCAGCUGGGCUGGGAGGCCUGGCUGCAGUACAGCUUCCCUCUGCAGUUGGAGCCCUCAGCGCGGAGCUGGGGGCCGGGCACCCUGCGCGUCCCCAAUCGGGCCCUCCUGGUCAAUGUCAAGUUUGAGGGCAGCGAGGAGAGCUUCACCUUCCAGGUGUCCACCAAGGAUGUGCCCCUGGCACUGAUGGCCUGCGCCCUCCGAAAGAAGGCCACGGUGUUCCGGCAGCCGCUGGUGGAGCAGCCUGAGGACUACACGCUGCAGGUGAACGGCAAGCACGAGUACCUGUACGGCAGCUACCCCCUCUGCCAGUUCCAGUACAUCUGCAGCUGCCUGCACAGCGGACUGACCCCCCACCUGACUAUGGUGCACUCCUCCUCCAUCCUCGCCAUGCGGGACGAGCAGAGCAACCCUGCCCCCCAAGUCCAGAAGCCACGCACCAAACCACCCCCCAUCCCCAUGAAGAAGCCCUCCUCCGUGUCCCUCUGGUCCCUGGAGCAGCCUUUCUACAUCGAGCUGAUCCAGGGCAGCAAAGUGAAUGCUGAUGAGCGGAUGAAGCUGGUGGUGCAGGCUGGGCUCUUCCACGGCAACGAGACGCUAUGCAAGACGGUGUCCAGCUCGGAGGUGAGCGUGUGCUCGGAGCCCGUGUGGAAGCAGCGGCUGGAGUUUGACAUCAACGUCUGUGACCUGCCCCGCAUGGCCCGGCUCUGCUUCGCACUUUACGCCGUGAUCGAGAAGGCCAAGAAGGCCCGCUCCACCAAGAAGAAGUCCAAGAAGGCGGACUGCCCCAUUGCCUGGGCCAACCUCAUGCUGUUUGACUACAAGGACCAGCUGAAGACGGGCGAGCGCUGUCUCUACAUGUGGCCCUCUGUCCCAGACGAGAAAGGGGAGCUACUGAACCCCUGUGGCACCGUGCGGAGCAACCCCAACACUGAGAGUGCAGCCGCCCUGGUCAUAUUUCUCCCCGAGGUGGCCCCUCACCCUGUAUACUACCCUUCCCUGGACAAGAUCCUGGAGCUGGGGCGGCUCGGAGAGCACGGACGCUUCACGGAGGAGGAGCAGCUGCAGCUGCGGGAGAUCCUGGAGCGCCGGGGUUCCGGGGAACUGUAUGAGCAUGAGAAGGACCUGGUGUGGAAGAUGCGGCACGAGAUCCAGGAGCACUUUCCCGAGGCCCUAGCCCGGCUGCUGCUGGUCACUAAGUGGAACAAACACGAGGACGUGGCCCAGAUGCUCUACCUUCUCUGCUCCUGGCCUGAGCUGCCAGUCCUCAGCGCCCUGGAGUUGCUAGACUUCAGCUUCCCCGACCGCCACGUGGGCUCCUUCGCCAUCAAGUCCCUGCGGAAACUGACGGACGACGAGCUUUUCCAGUACCUGCUGCAGCUGGUGCAGGUGCUCAAGUACGAGUCCUACCUCGACUGCGAGCUGACCAAAUUCCUGCUGGACCGGGCCCUGGCCAAUCGCAGGAUCGGCCACUUCCUCUUCUGGCACCUCCGCUCCGAGAUGCACGUGCCGUCAGUGUCCCUGCGCUUCGGCCUCAUCAUGGAAGCCUACUGCCGGGGCAGCACCCACCACAUGAAGGUGCUGAUGAAGCAGGGGGAAGCACUGAGCAAACUGAAGGCCCUGAAUGACGUCGUCAAAGUGAGCUCCCAGAAGACCACCAAGCCCCAGACCAAGGAGCUGAUGCACCUGUGCAUGCGCCAGGAGACCUACCUGGAGGCCCUGUCCCACUUGCAGUCCCCACUCGACCCCAGCACCCUGCUGGCUGAAGUCUGCGUGGAGCAGUGCACCUUCAUGGACUCCAAGAUGAAGCCCCUGUGGGUCAUGUACAGCAACGAGGAGGCAGGGAGCGAUGGCGCUGUGGGCAUCAUCUUUAAGAAUGGGGAUGACCUCCGCCAGGACAUGCUGACCCUGCAGAUGAUCCAGCUCAUGGACAUCCUGUGGAAGCAGGAAGGCUUGGACCUGAGGAUGACCCCCUAUGGCUGCCUCUCCACUGGGGACCGCACAGGCCUCAUCGAGGUGGUGCUUCACUCGGACACCAUUGCCAACAUCCAGCUGAACAAGAGCAACAUGGCAGCCACGGCCGCCUUCAAUAAGGAUGCUCUGCUCAACUGGCUCAAGUCCAAGAACCCUGGGGAGGCCCUGGAUCGAGCCAUUGAGGAGUUCACCCUCUCCUGUGCUGGCUACUGUGUGGCCACCUAUGUGCUGGGCAUUGGCGAUCGCCAUAGUGACAACAUCAUGAUCCGAGAGAACGGGCAGCUGUUCCACAUUGAUUUCGGCCACUUUCUGGGGAAUUUCAAGACCAAGUUUGGAAUCAACCGUGAACGGGUCCCGUUCAUCCUCACCUAUGACUUUGUCCACGUGAUCCAGCAGGGGAAGACAAAUAAUAGUGAGAAGUUUGAAAGGUUCCGGGGCUACUGUGAGCGGGCCUACACCAUCCUGCGGCGCCAUGGGCUCCUUUUCCUCCACCUCUUUGCCCUGAUGCGGGCGGCAGGCCUGCCUGAGCUCAGUUGCUCCAAAGACAUCCAGUAUCUCAAGGAUUCUCUGGCAUUGGGGAAAACAGAGGAGGAGGCUCUGAAGCACUUCCGAGUGAAGUUUAAUGAAGCCCUCCGGGAGAGCUGGAAAACCAAAGUGAACUGGCUGGCUCACAACGUGUCCAAAGAUAACAGGCAAUAAUAGCCCCUCCCAGCUCUGCGCCCGGAGACGAGCAAACUGUCAGUCUUGGGAGCCGAGCACCCUCAGCCACCCUCCAGGGCCAAAAGGCUGGACUGCAUCCUUGGGAAAGAACCUACACGACUGCCUUUUGUUUACACUGGUUAUUUAUUUAUGACUUGAAAUGUUUCAGGAACUGAACAGCCAUACAUAGAAAUGCACCCUAGAGUGGGGGCGGGGCGCUGUCCUCCUUGUGUCCGUCAGAGCCUUGGGCUUUGAUGGGAAGACACUGUGAGCCGCACACCUCAGGCUGCAUCUUGCCGAGGGUCUGUAACCUCAAGUCUUCCAGCUGGUGGAUCUGGAGCCAGCCAAGACUCCUCUCUCCCGCACGGGGGCUGCUUCCUCCCCAGGCUCCCACUGCGCUGCACAUGUGUCCGUGCCUGGCGGUCCAGACAGGGUGCCCAUGCCUGCUCACCACCUCCACCUGCGUGCUCUCCAUUGACUGAGUUCUGGGCAGCUCCCAGAGGCAGGCUGGGUGCCCUCCGCAUUCAGGGAGGGUACUUCUGGUUACGGGAAUUCUCAUCUCUGCUAUAAAGCGAUUUUGUUUGCGGGUAAGAAAAAAAAAAAGUAGCCCAACUACUUACUGACCUCUAUAGCUCCGGGUGAGGGCGGGGGGGGGGGGAUAGCCCCAGCCCCCAUCAGGUAGAGCGCACACUGGUUCUCCAGCCACAUCAGAAAGACGGGAGCUUCACUGAGCUCACCCUGGUCAUGGAUCAAGAGGCGAGCAGGUGCAAUUGUGCAAUUGUGUGUGACCUCCCUCCCCCUGAAGCAGGUUUUAGGUAGUGAAAGACCUAUCUCCUCUCCAGAACACUCACUGUUGAGACUCUGCUCUGAGGACCUAGGUAGCAGAGGCAUGAGUCAGGGGUGUGGGGGCAUCUUUUCCUCAGACAGUAGUUAGCCAGAGAACGAUUCAGACUCAGCCUUGGGUACAUCUGAGGAGCUCCAGGAACGCAGGUCUCUGGGCCUCUGUCGGCCUUCUGGAGCCAACUCUGAAGACACGGCUGAGAAUCUGGGUUUCCAGCAGCCCACGGGUGGGGGUAAUGGAAUCAGCAGCCUACUGGGGACCCACAGGGCGACACCACUUACCUCUCAAAGGCCUUGCAAGGCUCAGCAGUGCCAGAGGUAACUGCCCUCUCAACAGCCCAAGCGCACAGCUUCCAUAAGAGCCCGGGGGACUAGUUUGUGUCUCUGUUCAUUAGAAGUGGCUGAGUGGCACCAGCCGUAGCAAUCCAUGCCACCCACAGAGCUCCACUGACCAGACCCUGGUUCCCAACUAAGUGCUGAAUUCAUCAGACCCACCUCACCUAUCUGGGAAUAGGAAAAGCUGAGUGUACAUCUGUCUGUUUAUUUAUUUAAACGAGUCUGUGCUUCCUGGCAUGGACAGCACACUGUGUAUACACAGCAAUGUUUGGUUUGGGUACAUGGCCUGUGUGCCCAGCGAAAAGAAUAUUUUCUAUGUUUUUUUUUAAAAACCAUUUGACGUUUCUGUAUGUGGAAGGUGAGUUCGACAUAACUGAUGAAGGUUCAGACCAGUAGUCUGAAACCUUGAAGUGAGAGGUAAAAACAGAUUAAAAGAAAUAAAAGCCUUUGUAUGUUA